AUGAGAAUUUACCCAUAUAAACGCAGGAAAUUUGUGGAUAACCUUUGGAAAAGCGCUAAACAAGGAUACAUUUUAGACAAUCAUUUGUAUGCACUUGCAAAGUUUGAGGGUCCAACUACAGAUUUUCUUUUACGAAUCAAAUUCAACGAAACCUUUACUGGUUUGAUACAGACAGAAAAGGGUGAGCCAAACUGCGUUUACGUAAACGCUUCCAUUCAAAAAAGCACCGAUUACGAGGUGAAGAUUCCACUAGUUGGUUGUGAGACCAUCCGAAAUCGAGAAGGCAACUAUGAGAAUGAGAUAGUUGUUCAAAAUAGUGAUGUAUUUGAUAUUAAAAAUGACAAACGAUAUCUUCUAACAUGCAUUCCUGCGAGCCCUAUCUUCAGAGAUUCUCAAGUAACUGUCUCUUUUGGGGGCGUCACUAUCGACACACAAGUAACAACUGCUGUGCCACUCAUUAACUCUCCCAAGGUUGACUACGAAGUCUCCGUACGAGACGGAGAUGAUCCCUCAGCACCACCACUAAAAAGACCAUUGGCUGUAGGGGAUCGAGUGGUUAGUCAAUAGAA